ACUCCUCUUCACCUGGCAGUGAUCACCGACCAGCCUGAAAUUGCCGAGCAUCUUCUGAAGGCUGGAUGCGACCUGGAAAUCAGGGACUUCCGAGGAAAUACCCCCCUGCACAUUGCCUGCCAGCAGGGCUCCCUCAGGAGCGUCAGUGUCCUCACGCAGUACUGCCAGCCGCACCACCUCCUCACUGUCCUGCAGGCGACCAACUACAAUGGACAUACUUGUCUCCAUUUGGCAUCUAUUCAAGGAUACCUGGCUAUUGUUGAGUACUUGCUGUCCUUGGGAGCAGAUGUAAAUGCUCAGGAGCCAUGCAAUGGCAGAACAGCACUGCAUUUGGCUGUAGACCUGCAGAAUUCAGACCUGGUGUCGCUUCUGGUGAAACAUGGGGCGGACGUGAACAAAGUGACCUACCAGGGCUAUUCCCCCUAUCAGCUCACAUGGGGAAGAGACAACUCCAGCAUACAGGAACAGCUGAAGCAGCUGACCACAACCGACCUGCAAAUGUUGCCAGAAAGUGAGGAUGAGGAGAGCAGUGAAUCGGAACCUGAAUUCACAGAGGAUGAACUUAUAUAUGAUGACUGCCUUAUCGGAGGACGACAGCUGGCAUUUUAAAGCAGAGCUUUCUGUGAAAAGAAGUGACUGUGUACAUAUGUAUAGAAAAAGGACUGACUUUCUUCAUUUAAAAAGAAAGUCUCAAUGCGGAGGGAAAGACCCGGAGGGAAAUACUACACUGUCCAGCAAGGAGCAUGUAAUUGUAACAGGACGGUUCCAGGUUCUGGCCUGUGUUUAAAUACAGGAUUGGGAUGUGUAACAUCUGUAGAGAAAUGUGACACCACCUGAUAAAGAGCCACAUAGCCAGUCUUCUCAACCUUGCGAAGGUAACAGACUACACAUCCAGCCUGCUAGUUACAGAGAGCUAUCUUAUGGCGUUAAGUACCAUGAGGAACACGUGUCCUCUUGUGGCAAGGCAGGCUCAUACCAGCACCCCAUCUUCUCGGAGACUGUGUGUUAAUUUGUGUUGGGCUGGUGGUGCUCCCUGGCCUCACUGACUGACCUCAGCUGCUCUUGGUGCGGCAUCCCAGGUGGAGGAGUCAAACCAAGGCACCGGUGACCUUCUGGCUGUUAGGAGAAAGUAGCAAUAAUGUUAACUGUGGGCAUUGCAAACGCGUUUCACACCAUGUGUGUCAUAAUUGCUACACUUUUUAGCAAUUG